AUGAAUAACGAACAGUUUAGACGCUUAUUGUUUGAUAACUCAACCCCGACUGCCUCUGGUAAACCAGCAGCUUCGGCCUUGACUCGUGGCGAGCAUGGAACGACGCUGAAGCCAGCUGCUCUGGGUUCGAGAAUGCGCUCAAGCAUUCCCAUGACACCUCGCGCCGUUGGCAACGUGAACUUCGCCCGUCAGCUCGCCGAAUUUCGACAGGGGAACCAGCCGCCACCAGCGAAGAAGUUCAAAUCUUCAGCGCCAAAAGGCACAAAGUAUACGGGGAGCUACUUGGAUCGCACCCAACUACGACAGCAAGCUGGCGAAGAAGGCGAUGCCGCUGUGGACGAUGGUUCACGAGCGAAAAGAGUUCAGGCGCUGGAGGAGAUGGUUAAACUAGGGCAGAUUGAUCAAGCUACGUUUGAAAAACUGAGAGAGGAGAUUGGAGUUGGGGGCGAUAUUAGUAGCACCCAUCUCGUAAAGGGUUUAGAUAGGAAAUUGCUCCAACGCGUGAAAGCGGGGGAAGAUGUCGUGACACCCGCUGCUGCUGGCCUAGGGGAAGACCAGGAUGGGAGCUAUGUCGAUGAUGAAUUUGACCGUGUUCUUGAGGACAAGGAAAAAGAGGCUAUUCCGGAGACGAAGAGAGAGGAGAAAGUGAAGAAAGGCACCAUGGCCCCACCCCCUGGGAAAAUGACCAGAGACGAGAUCCUCAGGCAACUGAAAGCCAGCCGAGCAGCUGGUAAACCGAUUUCGCUAGCCCAGGAGCCGCCUGUAUCGAUGCUUGGAGAAAAGUUUAAGAAGAUUGGAGCCAGUGAUCAGAAAAAAAGAUGGAUUGAGACCGAUGAACACGGCCGGCGAAAGGAAAUCUUAGUUGUCACUGACUCAGAGGGAAAGCUCAAAAGGAAAGCCCGGUGGUUGGACAAGCCUGACGGAAAGCAAGCUGGCUUACUGGCUGUGGACAAGAGUGUAGAACCGCUGGGCAUGGAGGUUCCUUUGGAAAUCAUGGCUCGCGCCAACGUUGCAGAGGAAGAAGAAGACGAUGAUAUUUUCGAAGGGGUCGGGGACUAUCAUAACCCGCUGGCGGAUGUUGAUGAUGGCAGCUCAUCAUCGGAAAGCGAGAAGGAUGUCGAGACAGAGCAGCCGACCGAUCAUAAAGUCGUGAGCGGGACCGAGGAGAUGGAAAAGCCAGCGCAAGCGCCCGGUCCCCGCAAUUACUUUUCUACAACCGCUACAACUGAGCCGACAGAAACGAAACCUGGCAAUCCAUUAUCGUCAGAUCCCACAAUCCUGGCUGCCCUCCGACGCGCAGCGGCGAUUCGCCAACGCUCGCCGUCGUCAGAAGGCGCCGGCGAACGAGAGGAAGGUGACGAAGAAGCAACGCUACGACGCAAAAAGUUCUUGGAGGAGGCGAAGCGGCGUGAAAGGGAAGAUGCCAUGGACCUUGACCUGGGAUUUGGCCAAAGUAGAUUUGGAGACGACGACGAGGAGGAAGAGUUGUGGGAUGAACGCGGUGGCGGGAAUAAACGGAAGCGUGGGCCAAAAAAGCGGAAAGGGAAUAAGGACAGCGCAGGCGAUGUGAUGCGGGUGUUGGAGGGGAGAAAGAAAGCUGGUAAUAAGACUUGA